CGUCGGCAACAACACCUCCGCGCAGCACGUGUUGACGAUUCGAAUCAAGGGCGCGAAGAACCUCGCGGCGGCGGACAAGGACGGGUUCAGCGAUCCGUACGCGGUGCUCGUCAUGGCCGGCGAGGCGUUCUACGCCGAUCGACGGCGGGUCACGGACGUCAAGAGCAACACGUUGAACCCGCGGUGGGACGAGGAGUUCAGCUGGACGAUGAACGUGUCGGACGACACCAGAGUGUGCAUGAUCGGCGUCUUCGACAGCGAUAAGAAGUCGCGGGCGAGGGUGCCGACGCCGGAGGAGGUGGAGGAGAAGAUGCAGCCGGUGAAGCACCUGUUGGAGUACAGCACGCAGCUCGCGACGCGGUACCAGUUCGGCGGGCGGAUCCCGUGGUCGCGGUUCAUUCAGCGGAAAGUCGAUCGCAAGCGCUCGGCGCGGGAGAGGCGCAAGGCGGCGAAGGAGCGCGAGAAGCAGGGUCUGCCGCCGCUCCCGACGCGGCCGGUAAAGCUCGGCGUCGCAGGGAAGCUGAAGAAGGCGCGGACGGAGGACAUCCAGCGCCGCGCCGCGCUCGAGCCGCCGGUGCCGCCGCGCGUGAAGACGGAGGAGCAGCUCGAGAAGGAAGCGAAGAAAAAGGCGAAGGCGGAGAAGAAGAGGGUCAAGGCGGAGAAGAAGGCGAUCAAGCUCGCGAAGAGUCGCAAGAAGCUCCUCCCUCCCGUGCCCAAGGCGAAGUUCGACGGCAGCCGCGUCAUGAGCGAUCUCGAGCUCCUGGUGACCGGGCAGGCGGUGACGAUGGAUAACGACCUCCUCGGCAUUUGUUUCGUGGACUUUUCGAAGAUUUUGCGCCCCGGCGAGUGCGCCACGCGAUGGUUCCCGCUCACCGCGGUGCCGGGCGAGGACGGCGAUUUCGUCGCGUUCGACUCGGACGACUCGGACGACGACUCGGAGCUCGGCGUCGGCAGCCUCGCGGCGCGCCGCGUCAAGGGCGCCGGCCGAAAAGUCGCGGGCGGCGUCCGAAAAGUCAAGUCAGUCGCGGGCGGCGUCCGAUCCGCCGCGGGCGGCGUGUUGGAGCGCGCGCGCACGCGCAAACGCGGCAGGACGCCGGCGGCGCCGCAUUCCCCCUCGCCGACGCGCUCGCCCUCGUCCCCCUCCGGCGCGCUGCUCGACCGCGUGGUCAAGGACGUGGGCGCGAAAUCCCCGGAGCACGGCGGCGGGGUCGCGUCGAUCCUCUUCAACUCGUCGUCGAAAAAUUCGCAGUCGUCGCGGGCGAAGAUUCGCGCGAGAGGCAAAGGCAAGGCGGACGCGUCGGCGGCGUCGGAGGUGGAGCUCGAGCUCUCGUGGGCGGUGUACGACGAGGUGAAGUCCGCGGCGGCGCUGACGAAGAAGCAGCUUCUCAAGUCUCGGACCAUGAUGAACGAGCGCCUUUCGCUAGACGUCCUCGGCACCGGCGUCGGCAUACUGAACGACGACCGCGUGCUCCACGGCGGCGGCGCGUUGCACGUGGAGAUUUUACACGCCACGGAACUCUCCAAGCCCGAGGCCAAGGGGCUCAUGGCCUCGAAGAUGCCGAGCUCGAAGAUGACGCCGUACGUCGCCGUCGACUGCGUCGGGAAGACAGUCAAGACGAGCCUGUCGAGAGGGUUGAACCCGGUGUUCAACGAUCACUUUUACUUCACCGGCGUCACCGUGAACGACGAGCUCACGCUGCGGGUGAAUCAGCCCGGGAAGAGCGCGAAGGGCGCGGGGAAGACUAUGGGCGUCGUCGUGAUACCGCUCAACGGCGUCAUCAAAGCCGGGAGCACGAUGGGAUCGUACGCGCUCACCGGGUGCAAGACGGGCGAGAUCACCGUGGCGAUGAAGUACCGCGCGGAGACGGCGUACGUCGCCGCGACGGAGGUGGCGUUGGCGUUCGAGGAGGAUCACUCGAAGGGGGAGGAGGAGCUCGCGGACGACGCGCGAGAGAGCGGCUCGGAGGAGGAUGAGGAGGAUGAUGAGGAUGAGAUGGCCACCGACGAGGAGGGGACCCCGCGGACGACGCCGCGGCCGGGGAAGCGCGCGUCGCUGAAGGAUCGUCGCGUAGUCAGCAGCUCGGACGACGACGACGACUGACGACGAGCGCGCGCGUCGUAGACUGGCGGCGACGUAGUGCGUCUACGACGAGUGUGUACGUCGUAGACUGGCGGUUACCUAUCAUAUAUUGCUCGUAAUAACAACGCGUGCUGAGUUGU